AUGGAUGCUUCACAGAUAAGACAGAAACUCGACCGCUUCCGGGUCCUUAUUAUCGGAAGAGCGAACGCAGGAAAAACCACCAUCCUCAAGAGGCUUUGUAAUACAAAGGAGAACCCAGAAAUAUACAACAGCGCCGGGGAAAAGAUCGAUCUCGCUGUGUUGAUGGCAUCUAGAGAGCGCGGAGAGCACGACAUAGAGAAUGAAAUGGUGUUUCGAAGCAACCCAGGAUUCGUCUUUCACGACUCCCGCGGGUUCGAGGCAGGAGGCCAGUCCGAAUUUGAUAAGAUGAAGGCUUUCAUCGCAAGUCGUUCUAAGAAGCCCAAGUUGAGCGAUCGAAUUCAUAUCAUAUGGUACUGCAUUCCGAUGGAUGAGGACGGCAGGUCUUUCACAGACGCAGAAGUUAAGUUUUUCUCUCAGUGCGACACCAGAGACAUUGCAGUAAUAGUAUUGUUCACUAAAUUCGAUGCCCUCUACGACGAUGAAUUUGCAGAGCUGAUAAAUCAGGGAGUAUCCAGAAGAGACGCUCAAGCGCUGGCUUCGCAGCAUGCUAAAGAAGCCUUCGCCAAUGGGCCACAAGUAAAGCUUUUGUACAACCGCAAAGGCAACCACUCUCCUCCAAGAUGUCACAUCUGCCUGCCUGACAUGGAUAAGGACGAUGCAGACUGCGGGCUACUUAUCGAACGCACAGCUGAGACUCUGGAUGAUGAUACACUCAAACAGAUGUUUGUCUCGACCCAGCGGACCAGUUUGGAGUUCUGCAUGAGAUUUGCAGUCGAAAUAUCACUGGCACGGCAUCUUGACUUCUUGAAGACAAUCUCGUCGCGCAUAUCUGGGACAUUCGACCGCAAGAUUGUAAAUGACUUGGGUUUAUGGUUUCCACGUGCUUCAGUGAGAAUGUAG